AUGGCGGCCACCGGUCCGCAACUCCCGCUGAACCCUAACACCGGAGCGCGGGUCGCCCGGGACCGAGGCGAAGACCCGCUGGAGGCCCUGGCGGCGGCCUUGGGGGACCACGGGGAGGAGAACGUGGUGCGACCUGCGUGGGCGUCGGCUGACGGUCACAGAGACUUUCCUGGGGUGGGGGAUCCUAUCAGCUUCGAGGACUUUGUGACCUUUUCUUCCAUUUAUCACUCGAAUGAAGAGUAUUUCAGGAAACUAGAAGAGCUGAAGGCUGCCCACAUGGACACUAUGGCCAAAUUAAAGACAACCUACCACAGCCACUUACCUCGAACGGAGGUUUGGCCAGUGACCAUCGGGCAGGAUGCUCCCAGCGGAUCCUCCAGACCUGUAUGGGAAAGGAACUCCCAUCACCCCAUAAUGACGUGGUUUUCGGAUCCCGACUUAGGCUGGUGUUCCUCUUUCUGCACUUCAUCCUCUGAGGAGGACUGGCCCAGCCUAGCAAAAGAGCACCCUGGGAAAACCAGAGAGAUGACCUAUGCUAAGGAGCUCAUCCAGAACAUGUGGGCAGACUUCCGUGUUAGAGAUUAUAUUCGGGGUGAAGACCCCGACCGUCCAGCCGUGGAAGGACCCAAGAGGACACGCCGAGAAUGGGUGCCGAGGCUUACGGUACCGGAGCCUUUCCAAAUGACCAUACGAGAACAGAAGAAAACAGAGGCCCUGAAAUCUCAAUGGGAUCCCAAAAUGGCACAUAAACUGCUCAAAAAGCAAGAAGAGGAUGCUGAGUGUAGGAAGAAGUUCCGAGCCACCCCGGUUCCCGCAGGUGUCUUGCUCCCCCUGUACCAUGAGAUGGUCAAGCAAAAUGAAGAAAGGAGGAGGACCAUGAAGGAGAAAAACAUAGAAGCUCUUUUGGCUUCUCUAAAGCCUUUUACGUUUAUUGCAAGAGAGGAACAGAAGCAGGCAGUCCGGGAAAAGCAACUCAGAGACUUUUUGAAAUCUAAAAAGAAAACAAACAGAUGUAAAGCCAGGCCCGCACCUCCAUCUAUGUAUGGUUCAGCUACCAGGGACCAAUGCAAAGAUCUGUGUCGGGACAGCAGGGCGCAGCGGAGAGCCCAGGAGCUUUUACAGACUUCGCCCCCUCCGCCCCGGAAGGCAGCUUGCAGACGCCCGAGGAAUCCCAGGUGUCCUGAGCAGGCUGUCAAGUGCAGGCGCAAGGCAAGCGGCCAGAUUCCUGAGUUUGAAGACCUCCCUGAGAGACAUCAGAAUCACCCCUCGGAACACAAGUGUCCGAGACUCAAACCGUUCGAUCUUCAUGCAUCCACCAGGGCUACCAAGAGCAGGAAGGUUCUGGCAGACAUCAAAGCAGAUGAAGAAAAUGUCAGAGAAACACGUUGGCCUUGUGUGCCCUCGAGACGUCACUCAACAGUACCGAGUGCCAGUGCAAAGCCCAUGCCUUGUAGCUGCAGCCUCCCCACGCCCACGGUGUCUGCCAGAACACGAGAAGAAGCCCUCAGGAGAUCACUCGAGGAAAAGAAGAUGUUGCAAGACGAGAGAAAUCGGGUCCUGGCCAAGCAGAAGCAAAGAAUGAAAGAAUUGCAGAAACUGCUGACAAGCCAGGCUGAGGGUGGUGACUCACAUCAAGGUGCAGCUCAGAUGCCCAACUCCGGGCUUACGUAUCUCAGAAAGAGUGCAGAGGAAGGAGGGAGACAAUAUUGACGAGAACUAGAAGAAAGCGAAGAGCACUUUAAAAGGAAGCCAUUGCUAUUUGCAAGAGUUGCUCAGGAAAAUGCAAUAACGGCAGUAGAAAAGCUUUAUUUUAAGACCCUAAAAGCACUAGGAAUUGAACUCACUUCCAAGAAAGGCCCAAGUGGAAAAGUACUCAAGCACUUCAACAAUCAAGACUUGCAAACUUUCACUGAAGAUAAGGAAAGCCUCCACGAAGAAGCAAAACCAGAAGAAAGAAGGGAAGACAUUUAUUUUGUUGGUACCCACAGUCAAGAUUUGUGCAAGGAAGAAGAGGAAGCGGGUGAAGAAAGGGAAGGGGCGACACCUGUUGAGGAAUAA